GGCUACGUGGAUCGGAUGCUCAGGACAGCAUCCUUCCAGCUCGGAGACGACGUUAUGAUUGUUGAUGAAAGUCAUGGAGCCGCAGCUGAAAUCCCAAUUAAAUCAGAAACCCUAGCGAGAGCCGGUACAUCACUCGAAGACCAGGCACAGCAGUUCAUCAUGGACAAACUGUGGCACUUCGUCAGCUCGCGGUCUUUGAGGUACAGGCUGCUGAAUGAUGCAGACCUGGUGAUCUCUGGCAAACAGGAGAAGGACGGAAGCCUUGGUGUUGGUGUAUCAAUGAAACCACCAAAGGUCUUCGAAAGUGGAAGAGGCCGUCAGAAGCCGUUCGGGCCUGUGUUGGCCUUGGCUGCUCUUAAAUUCGGAUUAUUCGGUGCCCUGACCUUCAAGGUCUUGGCCCUCAUGGUCGGAAAGGCCCUACUGAUCUCAAAGAUUGCCCUUUUACUAUCAACCAUCAUCGGAUUGAAGAAGCUAUUCUCUUCUCAGGCUAUUGUCAAAAAGGACUAAGUCAAUUGGAUGACUGAUACUGAAUGGAGUUAACGGCGAUACUUACCUCAACA